ACGAGACUCUGAGGGGUAGAGGCAGGGGCAGAGCAGAGGGAGAGCUGCUUCCACUGUGGGUGGCCAUGGCCGCCAGACUCCCUCUCGCUGCGUGCAUCGUCGCCUUCCACCUCUGCCUUCUCCUCUUGCCGUCAUCCUCACUCCGCCGGCUCUCAGAAGCGGAGACCGCGGAAGUCCGCCAUGGCGUGGGCAUCAGGCCCGCCUACCACUUCCUGCCCGCCAAGAACUGGCAGAACGAUCCGAAUGGGCCGAUGUACCACAACGGUGUAUACCACCUCUUCUACCAGUACAACCCGUUGGGCGCGACAUGGGGCAGCGGCAACCUGUCAUGGGGUCACUCCGUCUCCCGUGACCUUGUGAACUGGGCCGCCCUUGACAUCGCGCUUGACCCCACCGCCCCCUUUGACCACAACGGAUGCUGGUCAGGCUCCACCACAAUCCUCCCUGGUGGCAUGCCGGCCUUGAUGUACACUGGCCGCAUCGACAACGCCAAGGUGCAAGUGCAGAACGUCGCCUUCCCUAGGAACCCUGCCGACCCACUCCUUCGUGAUUGGGUCAAGCCCGCCUACAACCCUGUCAUAUCGCUUCCAGCCGACGUUCCUGGAGAAUACUUCCGCGACCCUACCACGGCGUGGGUAGGCCGCGACAGUAUGUGGCGUAUGGCCAUUGCGGCCAAGGUCGGUGGCCCCAAUGGCAUUGCCUCCACGCUCAUCUACCGGAGUAAGGACUUCCGACACUGGAAGCGGAACGACUUGCCAUUGUACACAUCACGUGCCGCCAGCAUGGUUGAGUGCCCGGACCUAUUCCCAGUGGCAGAGCCUGGUACAGAGGAGGGGCGACUCGGCUACGCUUCUGGAACAGCGAGCGGUGCUAUGAGGCAUGUGCUAAAGCUGAGCGUGACAAACAUGACCCAGGACUACUAUGCAAUUGGGAGGUAUGAUGAUGUGGCAGACACCUUCGUGCCAGAGGUGGAUGGCGAGCGCAGCGUCGAAGACUGCCGGACCUGGCGCCGCUUCGACUACGGGCACGUAUACGCCUCAAAGUCCUUCUUCGACACGCGCAAGAACCGACGCGUGCUCUGGGCAUGGGCUAGCGAGUCCGAUAGCCAGUACGAUGACCUUGCCAGAGGCUGGUCCGGUGUUCAGAUAGUUCCGAGGAAGGUGUGGCUGGACGGAGACGGUAAGCAGCUACGACAGUGGCCAAUCGAGGAGAUUGAGACGUUGAGAAGAAAACGAGUCGCCGCAUUGCAAGAAGCACAUGUGAAUGCCGGUGGCGUGAACGAGAUCAGUGGCGCGGGCGCGCAGACUGACGUUGAUGCCAUCUUCGAGAUCCCGUCGCUGGAAGAGGCUGAGACCUUCGAGCCCAACUGGCUGCUGGACCCGCAGAAGCUAUGCGAGGAGAAGGGCGCGUGUGUGCCAGGAGGGGUUGGCCCAUUCGGGCUACUCGUCAUGGCCUCCGGCGACCUGCGGGAGCACACGGCUGUCUUCUUCAGAGUGUUCAGACACAACCGCAAGUACAAAGUUCUCAUGUGCACCGACCUCACAAGAUCGACUGGGAGGGACAAGGUGUACAAGGCACCGUAUGGAGGGUUUGUGGACAUAGACAUCGAGCAGCACCAGAGGAGCAUAUCUCUUAGAACAUUGAUUGACCAUUCGGUGGUGGAGAGCUUUGGUGGCGGGGGGCGGACAUGCAUCACAGCACGGGUGUACCCUGUGCACGCGGAGAACAACAAUAGCCAUGUGUUCCUGUUCAAUAACGGGACCGGCAUCGUGAAGGUGUCAAGGCUUGAGGCAUGGACGCUGGCGACAGCUGCCGUAAAUGUCGUGCAUGGCGGGUGACUUCCUUAAGUGUAAAUUUAAAUUGACUCGCUCCAAGAAGUAACUACACACCAGUUUAAUAUGUAGAAGCGAGGCUCGACUCAUGACAUAUUGGGCAACCAUCUCAUGGUACGAGCGAGAAAGACGCUGGGCAAUUCUCCCUGAAAAGUAAGGGCUUAUUGCAGCAUUCUAAUGUGAAAAUAAUGAGUGUAAAACACUUGGGGAGCUUCCAUUUCCUCUAAGUUAUAUAUAUGUCACUUAUACAA